UGCCACCCCAGCCAGAUUUUGACGAAUCAGAAAAGACAGUUAACUGGAAAUGCUUCUCAUCCGUCCACGGUAAGAAACCGGACCACGAAUCCAGGAAACGCCAAUGUUCAAGUCGGAGGAAACAGGAAUAGCUCUUGGGGACUUAAGUGCCUUCGACAUGGCCAAACACGCCGCUCGAGAAUACAACCUGGCAGCAAGGACGACAAGUGUGAAGGAGUUUAUCUUUCCAACAAACUUCUGAAGGGACUUAAGAGAUACCGUUUUGUGGCUAAGCAGAUCUUCUCUAAGAGAGGGGAACUUAAUCUUUUUUAUCGAGGGGCAUCAAGAACGCAGUUUUAGUAGAGUCUAUGAUGUACCCCAGAAAAAUCGGCGUUUGCGUGGGGAGAAGGGUCGACUUUUUAAGGCCAAUAAAGUACGUAGCCCAGAUCAAUGAGGAUGCAGCAGGCGAUAUAAAGGGCUGCUUGAGCACGCUGAAAACCAGACCACGAAUAAGGAGGAGCGGUACGCCGGAUUUGAAGUUCACCAAAAUGACGGUCGUCUAUAUAUUAAGAACAUGGGACGCCAUGAGAACGAAUGUAGCUAGUGGCGAUCAAACCGAUAGAAUGAUAAAGGUACGCGCUAGCCUUCCAUCCAAAAGGGAGAGUAUUAAAAACAAAGUACCAUCCAUUCCACUGAAGACCGAAGUACGUCCUACUGUUUGGCGAAAGACGGACAUGGUCAUACCCACUUUUGUCAUCGCACGUGGUUUGGAAACUAUUGUUAUGGACGUAA